AUGCCGGACGGGGAAGACCCACCGCCGGAAGAACUUGUCAAACUGGUGAACUACUGCGAGACAACCAAGAGCGAGCUUAUUGUGGCUGCAGACUGCAAUGCACAUCACCCGCUCUGGGGCAUGCAAACAACCAACGAAAGGGGUUCAGAACCCACCUUUGUAAAUAGAAGGAGCAAAACAAUUAUAGACAUCACCUUAGCAACAGAGGGAGUGUCUGAUUAUAUAUCCAAUUGGCAUGUGUCGAAAGAAGCAUCCUGCUCAGACCACAAAUGGAUACUUUUUAACAUGGAGGUAAACAUCACUACACCGCCUCCCAAGAGGAAACCCCGCAGAACGAAUCUUACUCAGUACAAGUCGCUGAUGGAAUCGCGUCUAAAGGACGAAACACUCCCAGCCAGAAUAAUCGGAGUAGACAACAUCGAAAACCAAAUAGAAAAAAUAUACGAAUUCAUGACUGCCAGUUAUCAUGCUACAUGUCCCCUAACCAGCCCUCAAUCAGACAGACCAAGACCCCAGACCUGGUGGGGACCUGAAUUAGAAAGGCUCAGGAAAAAAGUGAGGAGACAUCUGAACCGCGCAAUGAACACAGGCGAUCAAUACGACUGGGACAUCUACAAAGAGUGUAAGUCUGAAUACAAGAAACGCAUCAGAUACAGAAGAUCAGAAGGCUGGCGUAAAUUUUGCAGCAGCAUCCAAUGCCAUAACCAGGCCAACAGGGCAAGGAAAUUAAUCUCUAACCAACCCAGGCAAAUCCUUGGAUCCCUGCUGAAACCUGACGGUACAUUUACCAACUCACCAGAAGAAACAGAGCGAGUCCUGACGGAAACUCACUUUCCAGGAUGCAAAAUAAUGCAGCAUAUCGAGUGGUCAGCAGGACCUGAUGGGAUCUUUCCCGCCUUGUUGCAAUGGGGAGGAGAAGGUCUCCACAACCGGCUGAUCAACAUUUUCAGGGCGUGUCUAGCGCAUAGAUACAUCCCUAGGAUAUGGAGGGAAGUUAAAGUGAUCUUCAUACCUAAACCAGGUAAAAGUGACUAUUCAAACGCUAAAUCUUACAGACCCAUAAGCCUUACCUCUUUUACCCUAAAGACCCUAGAAAGGUUGUGUGAAAGAGAACUGAGGGAGAAUUACCUUAAGAACAUACCCCUACACCCCAACCAACACGCAUACAGUCAGGGAUGUAUGCGAACUACACCUACCGCGGCUGUAGAAGCUAUGCUGAAUCUUCCGGCAUUACACCUCUAUAUAAAACAAGAGGCGGCCUGCGCCGCAGUAAGGUUGAAGACAUUAAAUCUUUGGAAAACCACUCAAUCCCCACACCCAGAGGUUCUAAAUGAGGUGAUUGAAAAGGAGCCUCUGCUGUUGGCAGUAAGUGAUAGAUCUCCAAAGGAAUACAUAUUCGAUAAGAGAUACAAAAUACAGCUGCAUGAAGAACUGAAAGAGGACCUCAGUACAAAAAACCUCAGGAUUUUCACAGAUGGCUCAAAGACAAGGUCGGGCACGGGAUACGGAGUGUUCUCGGAUGACCUAAAUAUAAGAAUAGCUGCAUCACUAGGAGCUCAUAACACUGUCUUCCAAGCAGAAUGUAUGGGUAUCAUAGAAGCAGUCACUGCUACUUUGACUCGAAAGGUAAAAGACUACUCCAUCCGCAUCCUUUCAGAUAGCAAAUCAGUACUACAAGCCCUACAAAGCCACACUAUCACCUCUAAGCUAAUAUACAACUGUCACCAAUGUCUGAGGGAGUUAUGCGAAAAUAACAACCAAGUAACUCUUCAAUGGAUAAAGGGACACAGUAACUCACGAGGGAAUGAUGCCGCUGAUGAAUUGGCCAGGAGAGGCUCAGCGAUGACAGCAAAAGGACCAGAACCAACUAUCCCUCUCCCGCCUAGCUGGCCUACGAAGGUGUCACCGACAGCCCACUGUGCAGAGCCUGCACGGAGGCGGACGAAACGGCCGCACACGUCAUUUUGGAGUGUAGGAGUGUGGCCUCAUACCGGGCCAAACACCUGGGGUCACCGAGGACUCUCCCCGAGGUCAUGGGUGACAUCAGAGGUUUGAUACAUUACCUUGAGGAACUAGGGUGGCAGGAUUAGCCGCCCUCCUCACCACGCAAAAUAGGCGCGCUGUAGUCGUCGAGUUGCGGAUAAUAGCCCGUGAUAACCUAUAACCUAUA